CCUGGAGUAUGAGAAUCCAAACUUGAGCAAUAAUAGCAAGGGAGCUGGGUGUCGAUUUGAGUUGUGGGAUUGCAGCGGUGACCAAAAGUUUGAAACAUGCUGGCCAGCUCUGAUGAAGGACUCUCAUGGUGUAAUCAUAAUCUUCAAUCCUGAGCUGCCCAGUCACCUGAAAGAAAUUGAAAUGUGGCACUCCUGUUUCGUGCAGCAGCAGCCACUGCUUGACAGUCAGUGUCUUCUAAUUGCACAUCACAAGCCAGGCAGUGCGGGGGACACAGAGAAUCUGUCCUUGGCUUACCCACUGAACAAGCUAAAACUAAUCCAUUCCAACUUAGAAGAAGAUCCUGAAGAUGUUCGGAUGGAAUUUAUGAAAUACUUCAGAAGCAUUAUCACCUCAAUAAAUGAGAGCAGAGAGAGGGAAGAAAUGUCAAUUAUCUCAUAACAUUAAAAGAAAUACUGAACAGGGAAGAAAAAGGAGGAUUUUUACUUUGUAAGCUCUACUCGCCUGUGAACAGGUCCUCACAAUGAGAAUUUGCCAGCCUAUAAACACUUCAGAGAAAAUAAUGCACAAUUUAUGACUUAACCAGAAAAAAAACGAUUGCUGCCAGCAGAUGAACUGUGUUGCCAGAGAUGGCUGCACAUCC